AUGGAAUCAAAUAAUCCAUCAUCAGGGAAUGAUCAUAAUAUAUAUACUGAUAAAGUACUUACUACCAAUGAUACAUUGAUUCAUGGUGACAGAAGGCAGCUGUCUUCAAAAACUGAUUCUUUGAAUUCGAAUAUGUCAUCAACUCUAAACACACCAUCAAAACAAACGACAAGACUGAACACAAAUUAUAGAAUUGUAAGAAAUCUGAAAUCACUGUUAAGGAAGACAGCUGGUCUGGUUUACCCUUUACAAGAAUCGUCACAAACUUUAUUAAAUAGUUCAUUAGACUUUGGCACUACUAUUGUUGGUCCUGCCACAUCUCAACCUUCUUUACAAGACAUUCUCAAGUAUGCGAGUCUCCAUAAUAAGUCAUUGCUAUCGGAGAACAUAUCUCAAAUGUGUUAUACAUUACAAUCUGAGGGUGUGUUUUUAGAAAAAAUAACAAGAAAUAAGAGAAGAUGGUACUUGUUUAAAUUAGAUAGUGACAACAGUUCCUUAAUGUGGAAACAAGGCAACAAAAUACUGGAAUUGGACUCUAUAAGAGAUGUCAGAAUCGGAAAAAUGGCUAGUAAUUACCGUGAAGAGUAUGGUGUCUCAGAUAACUUCGCUGAUUUGUGGCUAACAAUAAUAUAUAGUGUGUCAAAUAAAUUGAAGGCAUUACAUGUUAUUGCUGAAGAUAAAGAUAGAUUUGACGCUUUUUUAAAUGUAAUUUGCGGAUUAGUGUCCAGAAGAAGGAAAUUAAUGGAAAGUAUAUCUAUCCCAGACAGCGAGAGGUUUGCAAAAAUCCAUUGGGAGACAACUGUUUCAGAACGAGAAGAAGAUAGAUCAAGUGAUACUCUGACAUUUCAGGAGGUUUCAAAACUUUGUAAAAGAUUCCAUAUUUAUUGUUCAAAGGAUCAUUUAUGGAAAAUAUUCAAUAUUGCAGAUGUAAACAACAACCAACUAUUAAACUUUAAAGAAUUUCAACAUUUUGUUGAAUUACUUAGGGAACGUAACGAAGUAAAUCACAUUUGGAAAAAACUUGUAAAAUCUAAUACAUCUAUGAGUUUGGAUAUAUUCUGGCAGUUCCUGAAAUAUGUUCAAAUGGAAGUUGUGCUUUCAAAAACUGAGUGCGAACUAUUAUUUAACAAAUAUAAAAAUAUGAAGACCAGAUUACUGGAUGAAGAAGCUUUUCUUCAGUACUUAAGGAAUGCUUCUUUUAUGACUGAUGAAACCGAAAAUUCAUUUGACUAUUCAAAACCGUUAAACCAUUACUUCAUUGCAUCAUCUCACAACACAUAUUUACUUGGUAAACAGAUAGCCGAAACUCCUUCUGUGGAGGCAUACAUCCAAGUAUUACAACAAGGUUGUCGAAGUGUUGAAAUAGAUAUAUGGGAUGAUGAAUCUGGGCCGGUGGUAUGCCAUGGAGUGCUUACAGCAGCUAUCCCUCUAGGAAAUGUUCUUAAAGUUAUUAGAAAAUAUGCAUUUAUAUCGUCUCCAUUCCCACUAAUCAUCUCAUUAGAAAUUCAUUGUGAUAGAAAUAACCAAAAGAUAACAAAGGAGAAGAUAGAAAAGAUAUUUGGAGGGUUAUUAUAUACUGAUGUAUUGAAUAACAAUGAUUUACCAUCACCUCUAGAACUCCGGCAUAAGAUUAUUAUAAAAUCCAAAAAGCCUAAACAUUAUGACGCUGAAACACAGACUUUCACAACAGAAAGUUCUUCAAAAACUGGUUCCUCGUCGAAUCUCGAUUAUUCAUCUACAUUUGGGAGUUCUAAUUAUGAUGAUUCUGAGGAAUAUACGUCUACAGGAAGCACCACUAUAAAGUCUCGCAAGUCAUCGAUAUCAGGAUCAAAACCAAUAACCAAUAUUCAACCGAUGUCACCAAAUGAACCUACAAAUUUCAACAGAAUUAAGAGAAUCGGUACUAUAACCGGACGUGUUGUAGUUAUUAAGGAUUUGAUAGAUAUAUCGGCAAUAUAUGGGGUAAAAUAUAGGAAUUUUUCUUUACCAGAAUCAAAAGCAGUGGCACAUUGUUUUUCUCUUAAUGAAAAGAAGGUUAACAGUAUGUGUAAAGAUGUUUCACUCAAAUUAUCUCUCGAUAAACAUAAUAGGAGAUAUCUUAUGCGACUUUAUCCACAUGUGUUCAGAUAUAAAUCUACCAACUUUGAUCCCAUAUAUUAUUGGAAAUUAGGUAUCCAAAUGGUGGCAACUAAUUGGCAAACGAACGAUUUAGGGCAACAAAUCAAUUUAGCUAUGUUUCAACUAACAAACCAAAAAAAUGAAAUUGCACAUUCGGGUUAUGUCUUAAAACCUUUAUCAUUGCGAUCCAAAGUUGGUAAAGUUAAUGAUUUGAUUUCGAUGUAUGAUCAAUUACAACUUGAAAAUUUCUCUGAACCCAAUGAAAUUAAAAUUAAAAUACUAUCAGGACAAUUAUUGCCAAAACUUGAAAACAAUUCUUCGAGUGAUAGUGACUUUGCACCAUAUGUGGUUGUUAAAUUUAUUAUUGAUGGAGAAUCUAUUAUGAAUCCAGUUCACUACUUAAAAAAUUGCACAAGAUUAUCAGAGACAGAGAUUAGAAGUGGAGCAUGCCCAGGUAAUGGUUUCAAUCCUGUUUGGAACGCUGAAACCAAUAUUACUUUAAGUUGUUUGAAUUUUAGCUUUAUUCAGAUCAUUGUGAAGACCAGCGAAACUACGUUAGCUUCUUGUACCAUUAAAACCGAGUAUUUGAAACGUGGAUACCGUCAUUUACCAUUGUAUAGUAUCGAUGGAGAACGAUAUAUCUUUUCUACUCUCUUUAUAUAUUCAGAAAUUACCCGUUCAAAGAUUGAAUGA